UUAAACAUUACAUCUUCUAUUCUAUACUUUAUCUGUGGUCUUACUGUCGUCGAUCAAUUAUCAAAACAGGAUGAAUAAGAUUAAUAUAUAUUCGCGAUUCAUUUCACAACGAUAAGAAAGAGUAGACACAAUGCAAAUAGGAUUGAUAAUCGUACAAGUGAUCGCAAUCGCGAUUACGGUAAAAUGCAGCGAUAUUACUUCUGCGGUAUUCGGAAACGUAUUAGACGGCAUGCCAGCCGCUUUCGGUGAUUUUAAUUCCGAUGAAUUGACUGAUGUGUUCAUGUUACGUAAAAAUGGUACGACUGUUGAAAUUUUUCUGGCCGCUGAACAAGAGCCCCUUUUGCGACCAAGCUUUGACUUAAGUUGCACGUUUCGUCGUACAGUCGUUGGUGUGGUGCCAGGUGAUUUUGAUGGAGAUGUAUUUAUGGACGUUCUAGUGAUCACAUUCGACAAGGAAACGAAAUUGUCGUACGUAUACAUACUAUGGGGUGGAAAUGGUCGAUUGAAUUGCACGAACGAAAAACAUCCUCUGCUUAACAUGACAGGUCAACCAUUAGCUCUUGAUUACAAUGGCGAUAUGAUAAUAGAUUUAUUUGGCUUGAACAAUGAGAACAAGCGUACAUUUUGGGUGUUCAAUCAAAGCAGGAAAGCACCGACAGCUAUACCGAUGAAUACAUCACAAAAUGCACCGAUUAGUCAACCUCACUCGAAUGCUUAUCUCGACUUAAACAACGACUUUUUAGCGGAUCUAGUUGUCACUACAAAGAAAUAUUUUGAAAUUUGGCACGGAGUCGAGCAAGGAUUUCAAUUUCACAAACCGAUAUCGUUCCCCUAUGGCAUAACAUUGGAUAAUUUUAAUGGUGUGCUUGGACAAACGCUCUAUUUGGAUGUCGAAUUAACGGGCAAAAUGUCUUUGCUUUUGCCUCUCUGUUUCGAUGAUGCAUGUACAAAUAGUACAAUCAUGAUGUAUUCCGAUGUACAUGGUACAUCUGAUAGAUGGUACAAUCUGAAAGUAAAUUUCAGAGAUGGGGAUAACGUGUUGUGGGGUUUCGUGAAACCUGAUGGACAACGAUACACUGAUACCAUCACUCUUCGUGGCGGUGAUUUCAACAUGGACGGUUAUCCGGAUUUGUUAGCUACGUUAAAAUCGACCACUGGAAAACAAAAACGUUCUUAUCUAUUAGAGAAUGUCGCAUGCGAUUCGUGCGUUGGAUUCGCUAGAAAGUUUGAAGUUAAAUGGCAAGCGUUGAAUCCAUUCCACAAUGAAACCUCUAUGGCGGUAUUUUAUGAUUUUUAUCAAGACGGUAUUUUAGACGUGAUCUUGGUGGAGUUGGAGAAAAGUAGCAACACUUAUCGUACAGUUGCGUUUAAAAAUAGUUUAGAUUAUGAUGCAAACUUUGUCAAAGUGAUGGUAUUGACAGGACGUAACAACAGUAUGUAUCCAAUUUCCCCGGGUUCGCUUGGCAAGAAAAAAAGAACGUACGGAACGAAUCUUCCUGGUCCAUCGAUAGCCUAUCGAACCACCACUCAGGACGGCAGUCCGCGAAACGCGAUUGCUGCUCAAUUGCCGCAGAGCGCACAUUUCUCUCUCAAUUUACCUUACACGACUUUUGGUUUGGGUAGAACGCCCAAUUUUGUCGACGCUCUCACCAUUGGGGUUGGUGGAAAAUCACGAGAAUGGCCGCAAAUUAUUCCCAACUCUCAGAUGGUGGUAAUUCCAAAUCCGAUAGCGGAACCUUGGCGAUGGAAAGCCCAAUUAUUCGUAACACCUAGUAAAUUAAUUUUGCUUAGCGCUGCCGCAUUGACCGGCACCUGUGGUUUAAUAUCCUUGAUUAUCAUCGCUCUGUAUUGGAAAGAGCGAAGAGAAGACAAGAUCGAGAAACUUCAGGAAGCACACAGGUUCCACUUUGAUGCGAUGUAAAGGUCCGAUGUAAAAAUCCGUUGAGUAUCUUUAAGAAAAUUGUAUUUAAUGUAAUAAUUUAAUGUAAUAAUUCGAUAAGUUAUUCCGUUAAUCGAUAAAUAAAUAGAUAAUUCGUUAAAUUAACAAAUAUACAAACAUCUACAAAGAAAUGACCGAGUGAACAAAUAAAUGUAUACAUAUGAUUGGACGCGAUGUAUCAUAUAAAUCGAUAUGAUUAAUGGUACUCGUGUAGGUAGGUAGGUGUAGAUGUGUGUGUAUGUGUGUGUGCGUGUGUGUAUAUGUGUGUGUUGCAAUAUGUUUAAUUUAAAGAAACUUUGGCGGUAUUUUGUACAAUAAGUUUCUGAAAUAUAUCGCGCACUCUCUUCGUUUCAGAUAGAAAAUCGUCGUGAUUAAUAAAAUUGACAAUUUAUUGAU